ACUUCUUUCUCAAUGUAUCAAGCCAAUUUAAAGGGCCACCAACAAAACAAAACAGAAAGUAAAGGUCAAGACCGAAGAAACAGAAGGAAGAACUUGCUUGAUGUUGAAUUUGAUUUUUGUGGCUCAGUUCAAUGGAGACCGUUGACGAAGUCAAACUGAAGACCGGAGUAGAAGAAGAGGGUAAAAAGGAGCCCGAGGUUGUCCAGAACAACGUCGGCAAAGGCGGAGCUGCUGGAUCAGUUGAUUUGCUGGCAAACUUAACCAGUAACUUCUUCAAGCCUACGUCAAUGCCAACAUCUGGAGCAAACAACAAUCCAUCUCAGCUUACGAUCUUCUAUGGUGGAAAUGUUUGUGUAUUUGAUUCAAUUCCAGCAGAAAAGGUUCAUGAAAUUAUGCUUAUUGCCACCGCUGCUCCUGCCGCCGCUACUAACUCUGGUGACAUGGAAAGCAUUCGUACCAACUCUCGUUCCCCUUCACCAGUUCUAACAAGGUCUCCCUCACUGCUGAGUACAGCAUCACCUUUGGGUUCUCCACAGGUGGCCUCACACCCUAUGCAGAGGAGUUCUUCCUUUUGCAAGCUGCAAGCUGAAUUACCAAUUGCAAGGAGACAUUCCCUUCAGCGGUUUUUUGAGAAGCGUCGAGACAGACUGGCGAGCAAGAAUCCAUAUCCUGCUCAAUCUGGGACAAAAAAUUCUGACAAUGCAGCAGCCAAUCUCAGUGCUGGAGAUUCGGCAGAUGCAGCUUACUUUGAAAAAUCUACCAUGCCUCAAGAAGAAUUACAAGCUAAAGCUGCAGCUCAGACAAGCUGAAUUUAAGCUUAGGACGUUGUAGUAAAAGUUAGACCAUAAUGGUGAUAACAUGUGCUCAAUUUCUCAGCUGACCGAGAGGAACAGACAAUGUUUCAUGGUAGGUCAAUUUGAGUAUGUUUUCUCUCAAUGUUUGUAUACGUAGUUGGCCUUGCUUGUAUUAAUCCAAAGGCAGUUGAAAUGUCUGACUUCUUAAUUAUUCAUGUCUGAUGUUUGUCUGAGAAUGCCAAACUUAUAAUCUGUCACUGGCUGUUUUGAGAAACGGAUAUUCGUGUAUUUGUCGGAUGAUUCUAUCAUGUGUUUGUUUGUGUGCGGAGUAUAAUUCGAAUCAAAUAAUGGAAGUUAUUAGUGUAAA